AUGGCCAGCAAGGAGGAGGCGCCACUGCCCAUCUUGUGGGAGGCGAGCCAGUCGCGCAUCGAGUCGUCGAACCUGGAAAAAUUCCGCAAGAUCGUCAAUGCCCGUUAUGGCCUCCAUCUGUCGACGUACGACGACCUGCACAGAUUCAGCGUCGAGCGCAUGCCCGACUUUUACAAAACGUUGUGGGACUUUGCUGGGAUCCGCUAUUCAAAGUCGUACGAUGAGGUCCUGACGAACCCGAACGCCAAGCCGGGCGACCUGCCACGCUUCUUUGAGGGCGCCAAGCUCAACUUUGCAGAGAACGUUCUCUUUCCGCUCCACCCAAAGAAUGCAACGGCAUGCAUGCCCCAUGCCCCGCGCAACUGGCCCCACGACAAGACGACUGCCAUUUGGGAAUACGGCGAGGCGGAGUCGACGGCCGACGACGCCGUGCCUCUGCUCCUUCAGCAGGUUUCCUGGGGCGAACUUCGGCGCCGCGUCGCUGUCCUCGCCGAGGCGUUCCGUAGAAAGGGCGUCCAGGUUGGGGACCGCAUUGCACACGUCUCUGCCAACUCGUCGGAUCCAAUCGUGAGCUACCUGGCCACCGCGUCCGUCGGCGCCAUCUUCUCAGCCUUGGCCACCGACGCAGGACCGCAAGCCAUCUACGGUCGUUUGGCCCAGAUUCGACCGAAGGUCGUCCUGACGGAUGAUGUCGCCUUUUACAACGGCAAGGAGACCAACGUCGUCGACCGUGUUGCCAGCGUCGCCGACGACCUGCUGACCAACGGGAAAGUAGAGGAUCCAAACGCGUUCGAAGUCGUCUGCCUCAUCAAUCGCAAGCGAAAGCGCAAGACCACGAGCCCCGAGCUGGCGUGGAAGGGAAAGAAAGCGACAUGCUCGACAUUCGAAGACUAUCUCCAGUCUGUGGGUCUGUCCACCUCGCCGUCAUGCAGCCCUGCGCAUCGCUUCGAGGCGCUGCCCUUCUCGCAGCCCGCUCUCAUCGUCUUUUCUUCGGGCACCACGGGCGAGCCAAAGUCAAUCUGCCACAUUGGCGGUGGUAUGCUGAUCAAGGCAAAGACGGAGAACCUGUUCCAGUACGAACUCUUGGGUGGAGACACUUUCUUUCAGCUCACUACAUGCGGUUGGAUCAUGUGGCAGAGCCUGGUCUCGCAGCUCCUCGUGGGCGCAAGCGUCAUCACCUAUGACGGCAGCCCGCUGUACCCCAAUGCUCUCGCCGUGCUUCGACUCGUGUCGCAGCACUGCAAGCAGAGGGGCGCUGUCACGGGCAUCGGCAUGGCGCCCCGCGUGCUCUCCGAGAUGGAGCGCGCGUCGGCCAAACUGCCGCGCCCACCCAGGGACAUGUUCCAAUUUGACACACUCAAGCUCGUCACGAGCACGGGCAGCCCCCUCUCGCCCGCGAACGCCCGCUUCUUCUACGAGAAGCUGUUCCCCCGGCACGUCCAGCUCGUCUCCAUCAGCGGAGGCACAGACCUGGCGGGCUGCCUCAUUGGCUCGUCAAUCUUUGUCCCCGUCCGAGGCCAUCUUCUCGGUGCAAAGACGCUCGGCAUGGACGUUCGUAUCCUCGACCCCAUCACGGGCGAGGACUGCGAAGCAUCGGGCCAGGCGGGCGAGCUGACGUGUGCCAGUCCUUUUCCUUCACAGCCCGUGAGUGCGCUCCACGAAAAGUACAUGGACUCCUACUACCGCCGCUUCCCCAAUGGCCCCGCGCGCGGCUACUGGGCCCAGGGCGACUUUAUCUCGCGGCGGCCCACGCGCAGCAAGGCUGUCGGCGGAGAGAUUGGCGGGCCCUUUGAGAUCCAUGGCCGCUCCGACGGCGUGCUCAACCCCUCGGGCGUCCGCUUUGGCAGCGCAGAAAUCUAUGCCGUCGUCGAGGGCGGCCAGUUCCCCUACGUGGCCGACAGCGUCGUCGUCGGCCAGCGCAGGCCAGGCAAAGACGACGACGAGCGCGUGCUCCUCUUUGUCAAGCUCCACGACGCCAAGGCAGGCCUCUCGCCACGGCAGAUCGACGACAUGAAGAAAGCAAUCCGCACUGCCUACUCGCCCCGCCACGUCCCCGCCCACAUCUUUGCUGUAAAGGACAUUCCCGUGACGAGCAACGGCAAAAAGACGGAACUGGCGGUAAAGGCCAUCGUGUGUGGAAACACGGCCUUUCGACCAAGCACAGCGACGGCGAACCCAGGAGCCCUCGACGAGUAUCGUCAGUACGCCGAUCUCGAAACGGUGCUUCGGCAGUCGAAGCUCUAG